CGACUAUUCGCCUUGAAGAAACCGCUUCUUUCUUUCUCUUUUCCCUUGAAGCUUCAUCCAUCCUCUGUUGUAGACGUCAUUAGCAACGCAACCGAUAUAAACUACGCGUCGUACUUUUUGUUAUAUAUAUACAACAGUUAAUCCAUCCACCUUCUUAAAGAAAACCCACAAUUCCUAAACGCUAAUCUUGUUAACAUUUGAGGAAAUAAAGAUCGCACCUUUAGUGAAAGCCAAGAACAAUUUCUUUUUCAACAGGGGUCCACUACUUGUAUUCAGAUAUCAUCAUCAUUUCAGUUUAAAUUCCUGCCAUGGCUUGGAAGAACUUAUUCAUCUUUGAUUAUUUCAGGAGAACAUCUCAGGGUACUGUAAUGAAUGAGAUUGAACUUGGAGUGCACACCAUUAAGUCACAUGGUGCUCAAGUUGCGAGAUUUCACCUUCAUGAUUGGCUCAUACUAAUUCUUCUUAUCGCCAUUGAAGUUGUCCUAAACAUCAUUCAUCCCUUUUAUCGUUUUGUCGGUAAAGACAUGAUGACUGAUCUUAAAUAUCCUCUUAAAGAUAACACCGUCCCUAUCUGGUCUGUUCCUCUAUACGCAGUUGUCUUGCCCAUCGUUGUUUUCUAUCUCUUUUAUUACCGUCGAAAAGAUGUCUUUGAUCUUCACAAUGCCAUAUUAGGGUUAUUGUUUGCUGUGCUGAUAACCGGGGUCUUAACCGACUCGAUAAAAGUUGCCACUGGUCGGCCUCGACCAGAUUUCUUUUGGCGUUGCUUUCCAGACGGAGUCGAAAAUUAUGACAGUUUGGGGGAUGUAAUAUGCACCGGUAAAGCUAGUGUCAUUAAGGAAGGACACAAAAGUUUUCCAAGUGGACAUGCUUCUUGGUCGUUUGCGGGUCUUAGUUUUUUAUCGCUAUACUUAGCUGGAAAAAUAAAGGUUUUCGACCAAAGAGGCCACGUGGCGAAGCUAUGUCUUCUCUUCCUUCCAAUCCUCAUGGCGUGUCUUGUUGCUAUCUCUCGGGUAGACGACUAUUGGCAUCACUGGCAAGAUGUGUUUGCCGGAGGCCUUCUAGGUCUUUCCGUGGCGACGUUUUGCUACUUGCAGUUCUUCCCGCCUCCAUAUGACAACGACGGUUGGGGUCCAUAUGCUUAUUUUCGAGCAUUAAACGAGUCAAACACUAACCCACAAGCAGCCGCGGUUGGAGAGGUUCAGAUUCCCAGUCAAUCUCCAUAUGGUGGAGGGUAUAUUCCUCCGCAAGCCGGUCAGAACAGGAUGAUGAACGACAUAGAAUCUGGAUGACACAACAUGAUGCAGGGAGGAUCGGAUUGAUUGCUUACUUGGUCGAACUUUUAGGCAGUUACUUUUAACAUGACGAUUGUUUGAUUACUUUAUUUGGUUUAUUGUUCUUUUUUUCUGUAGUGGAUUCAAAUUCUGAUGAUUUUUUUGAUAGUGUAAAGAAGUUUCAUUGUAUUUUGU